AUAUUUUUCUUAUAAUUUGCUUUGAUUAUGUCCCUCCCAUCAUUUCUUAGAUAAUCUAAUAAUAUUUGUAGGUAACAAUUUUCAUGUCGAAGGUUGCAACCCUGUUUCAGGUACUAUUAAAUAUUAAUCAAUUGGGGUUCAAUAAGUUUUUCGCAGUAUAUAAAAGGAACAAAAGCUUUCUUUAAGUAAUAAUGUCAGAUUCAGAGGGUGAGAUUUCUGCAGUUCAAGACUUUAAAGAUAUUGCUGAUGAAAUUCUGCGAUGUAAGAAAAAUCCUGAAACUGCUAAUAUGUUUGUGUCUGGUUGGGAUGAUGCAGAUCAAGAUGUGGAAGUAGUGAAAGAUCCAAAAGCGGAUCCUAAUACACACGUCCUUUGGGCUGCUGAACAUGGGGAAUUGGAGACUGUCAAAGAACUUGUAGCAAAACAACAUGGUUUAAUCCAUGUCAAAGAUGAUGAUGGUUACACUCCAUUACACAGGGCUGCAUAUAGCAAUCAUAUUAAUGUAAUAUCAUUUUUAAUAAGUGUUGGUGCAAAUAUACAUGCAAAAACAGAACUUGGUUGGACACCUUUACAUUCUGCUUGUAACUGGAAUAAUUAUGUGUCUGCUGCAAGAUUGUUAGCUGCAGGAGCAGAUCCUGCUGCCUUAUCAGAUGGAGAACAAACACCCUUGCAUCUGGCUUCAGCGAUAAGUCACUGUAAAUCAACAUUACUUAUAUUGCUUCUACGAGAAGAUGCUGUUGAGAUAUACAGGCGACCCAACAGUUCUCAAGAAACUCCAGAACAGUUAGCCAUUUCUCAUGGCAUCUAUUCUCCAUUAUUUGAAAUGGCACUGCCCUCAGCUUCAUAUAUUAGAUCUAUAGCUUUCACUAGCAAUCCUUAUGUCAGAUCAGAUAACAAUAAUUCAUUACGACUGUAGGACCUACAAAUAUUACUCAUUGAAGGUGUUUAUUUUUAUCAAAAGAUUUUUUUUUUUAUUGAAUAGACAUUUUGAAAUAAAUACUAAAUCAUUACCAGCAAUACACAAGAAAUUAAUAAAUUAUAAAGUUAAAAUGUUUUCUGAAUAAAUUAUAUACGCAUUUAACUUAUUAAAGUCAUAAAAAGUUACCAUUUCUAGAGACUUUUGUCAUAGUUGUAGUAUAUUUCAUUUCUAAAAAUUUCAGAAGGAAAAGUCUUUAACAUCGUUGAUAGUAGUUUUUUGUAUAAUAUAAUUAUUUUAAAUGUCAUUUAAAAAACAAUCCUAAAAAUUUAAAAUCAGAGAUAAUACCAUGAUUUCCUCUAGUUGCCAUUAUUUAUAUGAUAUUGGUUGCCAUUAUUUAUAUGGCGGGUUAUUGGGUGAGCUAGAUACCUCACUGCUGCACAAGUGUUUUUGAAAAUUUCUUUUUAAUAAGUAAACUUGUAUGACAAAAUAUAGAUUUUUUUGCUCUAAUGGCACAAAACCAUAUCAGUUAGUUCAGUGAUGUGAACUUCUCGCAGUCCAAGGUUGUAAAUUUUUUUCUAUUAUUGUUAAGAAAAAAAUCUGUACCAUAUAAUGGUUCUGUACUAUAAUUGUAAUAUAUGUUUUGAUGAAAUUUUUAAUUAUGUUCUAGAAAAUUAUGUUUCAAACUCAGGUAAGGUAUGACAUGAUGUUUUUUUUUAUAGAGACAAGAGAAUUAUGUAAAAUAUCUCUUAUUUAAAGAUAAAUUUUGAAUAAAUAACAAUAUAGACAAUUUAUAAA